AUGAUAAGCCUCGGCAAAGACAAAGGAUGGACCUGCGACAAGAGCUCUGGCGCAACGAACCAAGAUCUCCAAAACGCCGUCGACGACUUCAGCAUAGCCUUCAGCCCCAACUCCCUAACCGUAGAAAGUAAACGCUGCUACGUGUCGGUGUGCAAUAGUCACUACUUGAGUCUCUGCAACUACGGCUAUAAGAAUUCGACUGAACCCGUGGGUCAGCGGGUGAGGGCUAAGGAGUGGGGUCUUCCUGGGGGGAAUGGGACGGAGUGUCGUGGGAACUUUGGGGAUAAGGUCAAUUAUGAUUGGUAUGAGUUUGGGUUGAUCUCUGAGCUGAAGGAGUACGAGAAAGACCCGAAAUAUGUGGAAAUUCGCGAGUGUGAGGAGUCGAUCGAGGGUGGGAAUACGUCGAGUGUCGCUUUGUCUUGGACCGCAUGA